AUGCCUGGCAAAAUAGAGAACGGUACCCCCAAGUAUCUCAAGACAGGAGAUGACUUGGUCUCAGCAGCAAAGUCGUUACUGGACCGUGCCUUCAAGAGCCAUCAUAGCUACUACGGUCUGUGUUCCACCAGCUGUCAGGUAUAUGACACAGCUUGGGUGGCCAUGAUACGCAAGACGACAGAAAAUGUCAAGCAUUGGCUAUUUCCCGAGUGCUUCCACUAUCUCCUCAAGACUCAGGCCGCUGAUGGUAGUUGGGGCGCCCUCCCAACGACCCAGACUGCCGGCAUUCUAGACACUGCUUCGGCUGUGCUUGCGCUCCUGUCCCAUGUACGAAAGCCACUGCAGAUACUGGAUGUCUCCCCAGACGAGAUAGGUCCCAGGAUCGAGCACGGAGUUGCUUCUCUGAAGCGACAGCUAGCGGUCUGGAGGGACGUUGAGGAGACUAACCACAUUGGUGUCGAGCUGAUUGUCCCAGCUUUACUUUCCACGCUUGAGAAAGAGCUCGGCGAGUCAUCAUUCGAGUUCCCUUGCAAAGGCAUCUUGGAAAAGAUGUAUGAAGAGAAGCUCGGCAACUUUGACCUGAAGAAGGUGUACGGCAAGCCGUCUUCACUGCUUCAUUCUCUUGAAGCCUUUCUUGGCCAGAUUGACUUUGAUCGUCUUUCCCACCAUCUUUACCGUGGCUCUAUGAUGGCUUCACCUUCCUCGACAGCUGCCUACCUAAUUGGUGCAACCAAGUGGGACGAUGAGGCUGAAGAUUAUCUGAGACAUAUUGUGAGAAAUGGUGCGGGCCAUGGAGAUGGCGGUAUCUCGGGCACCUUUCCUACAACACAUUUUGAGUGCAGCUGGAUCCUGGCGACACUCCUGCAGGGUGGCUUCACUAUGAAGCAAAUCGAUAGCAAUGGCUUGCGCGGGUUGGCAACUAUCCUUGCCGACGCAUUGAGGGACGAGAAUGGAGUAAUUGGCUUUGCACCCCAUACAGCUGAUGUUGACGACACGGCGAAAGCUCUUCUGGCGUUGAGCCUCGUUAAUCAACAUGUCAGUCCAGAUAUCAUGAUCAAGGUCUUUGAAAGCAAAGACCACUUCACCACGUUCGGAUCAGAACGUGACCCCAGCUUGACUUCCAAUCUCCAUGUGUUGCUGUGUCUCUUGAAGCAGCCAGAACUAUCCGAUUACAAUUCCCAAAUCCUGAAAACCACCUUGUUUAUAUGCCAAUGGUGGUGGGACAGCGAUCAUCACGUCAAGGACAAAUGGAACUUGAGUCACCUAUACCCAACUAUGCUUCUAGUGGAAGCCUUCACCGAGGUACUUCGUCUGAUUGAUGGUGGCGAGCUUUCCAGUCUCUUCGAUGAGAACCUCAAGUGCAAGAUCGGCCUUUCCGUCUUCCAGGCUGUCCUACGUAUCAUUCUCAGCCAAGAUGAGGACGGAUCUUGGAGAGGAUACCGUGAGCAAACAUGCUACGCCAUUCUCGCUCUUGCACAGGCCCGACAUGUCUGUUUCUUCAGUGAAAUGGUGGGGAAGCUACAAACUUGCAUCAGCCGUGGCGUUUCAUGGCUCAAGUCCUACAGCCUCCAUUCUCAAGACCUCACUUGGACGUCCAAGACGGCAUAUGAGGUUGGGUUUGUUGCUGAAGCGUACAAGCUAGCGGCCCUUCGUUCAGCAAGUCUAGAGGUACCCGCCGCUACUAUUGGCCAUAGCAUCACCUCAGCAGUUCCAUCGUCUGACUUGGAGCAGUACACAAGGCUUGUGCGUAAGACUGCUUUGUUCUCACCACUGGAUGGCUGGGAGCUCAGGGCGUCGAUCAUUGAGUCUUCGUUCUUUGUGCCCCUCUUAAAAACUCAACGCGUUGCAAUUUACCCAAGGGACAACAUCAAUAUAGAGGAAGACAAGUACUUGAGCAUAAUACCGUUUACCUGGGUAGGGUGCAACAACAGAAGUCAUACAUUUGCAUCGAAUAGAUGGCUGUACGACAUGAUGUUUUUGUCCCUCCUAGGCUACCAGACCGACGAGUACAUGGAAGCUAUUGCCGGGCCGGUAUUUGGGGAUAUCUCAUUGCUUCACCAGACCAUCGACAAGAUCAUAGACGACACCAGGGUGAACCCAGUCGGGAUCAAUGGUGCUGUGCAUAAUGGAAAUGGCCAUAUGAACGAGCCACCCAACAUCAACAUUAAACAAGUCGAGGACACUCUUACUCGCUUUACCAAGAGUGUCCUCAACCACAAAGAUGUCCUGAAGUCAAGCUCUUCCGAUCAAGACACUCUUCGCCAAGAGUUCAGAACGUUCAUGCACGCCCAUGCCACGCAACUAGAGGACAACAACCGCUUCUCCCAACAGGCCUCCAGCAACGUUUUCCCUUCCCCAGAGCAAUCAUACUUCCAAUGGGUGAAUAGCAUAGGAGGCAGCCAUGUCGCCUGUGCAUACUCAUUCGCUUUCUCCAACUGUCUAAUGUCAGCGAACCUGCCUCAAGGCAAAGAAGCAUUUCCCUCUGCAACUCAAAAGUAUCUGAUUUCAUCUGUCAUGCGCCACGCGACGAAUAUGUGUCGUAUGUACAAUGACUUUGGGUCCAUAGCUCGCGAUAACGUUGAGCGCAAUGUGAACUCGAUGCACUUCCCCGAGUUCGCGCUGUGUAAAGGAAUAUCACAGACCAUUGACGACAGGAAGAAGAGACUUUCACAGAUAGCUAUGUAUGAGCAGGGUUGUCUUGAUCGUGCUCUGGAAGCUCUAGAAAGACAGUCUCGAGAUGAUGCAGGAGAUUCUGCUGGUUCCAAGGAUGUGAGGAAGAUCAAGAUUGUGAAACUGUUCUGUGAAGUCACGGACUUGUAUGACCAACUUUAUGUGAUCAAAGACCUUUCAAGCAGCAUGAAAUGA